AUGCAGAACAGUGCACUUCCAGCGAGCAUGGACACAGACGCCCUUUCUGCCGUCCCCGUCUGCAACUGUCAUCGUCGCAGAAAUUCGCUCCCGGGUCCGGGCAAGCAUAACACAGUCCACUUUUCGGCUCCUGGACACAUUGGAGGUACUCCCGACGAGUCUGGGGCUCAAGCAGCUGGCCCAGAGCAGUUGGACACAAACGCCGCCAACGACGAGGGCGCGCCUGCUCCAUCGCAGAUGCCACCAGACAUUCCAGUCCAAUACAUCGUGGAUCAGCUGCAUCGUUUAGGACCGUUUUAUUGGCAUAAACCAGAAACGACAGAUUGCACGAUUCAGGUCCCAAUCGACCAGCGCCGCCUCUCGCGAGCCCCUAAUUUCGACUUUCCUGGUGGUCUAAAUACUGGUGUCCUCAAUGCUAAUCUCGACGUCCGUCGUGGAUCCGCGCCCGUGAGCAGUCAGACAAACCCAACCCCUCGCUCGUUUACUACACUCAAACUGCACCAAUUCUACUUGACCUCUCAGUCGAGCCUCCUCCGAGCCCUCUUCAGCGGCUCGUCGGCCAUUGGACUCGUAUCAGCCCAGUCCUCAUCUGCUGCUGGACAUCGUACUAUCAAUGUUCAAGGGAUCGGGCGACGCGAUUCGACACCAUCACUCGCCCGCAUCCCGAGGCUUCUCCCAUCAUCGGCCCACCAUCCAACCCUCUAUCUUCCCUUGCCAGACCCUGCCUCAUUUCCGCACAUUGUUCACUACCUCUACUUUGGCUCGCCCGCCUUCAUCGAAGAGGCGCUUAGUCUUGGGCGCAUCCGCUGGGACGGUGUCGUUCGCAACGUCGAGUACUUGGGACUGUUUGAAGAGGAGGCUGGCACUGGUAUCAGAAGGUGGCUGAUGCAAUGGCGCGAACGUCAGCGUAGAGCGAGCCUGGCUGCCAUGGGAUAUCACACCUCGCAUCAUGUCUCGCGAGGGAGCGGUGCGGUGCAAAGUGGUGCAUCUUUCGAUCCAAUCCUUAUCGAGGAGAGCUCAGAAGGUAGCACGACGAGUGAUAGUAAGUCCGAUUCCGAUUCGGACGAGUAUAUGGAUGAAGAUGAAGAUUAUGAAGGAACCAGUGGAAGUGAUGAGCAUUGGAGUGAAGACUGGGAUCCAAUGGUCAUGGCAAUCGCUGGUAUGAAAAUGGCGGACCCCUUUGCGCUGGACCCACAGGGCUACGCUCAGCAACGGCAAAACGCUGCUCGUCCGGUGCACAUGGAGAGCGUCGACCCUCUCCAUGGCUGA